CCCCAUCCAAUCCCUUCCAUUCAAAUCACCACAUCAUUCCAACAAUCAAAUAAAAAUUCAACAAAAAAUAGUCAAUAAAAAUUGAGAAAUUCCUCAGUUCCCUAAAAAAAAAAUUUUAAAAAAAAAAGGGUAAAAAAAAAAUUUUAAAAGGUUUGUGGAUCUCUGAGAGUGCUCAAACCCUCAAAACGUCAACACAGUCUGAAAUCCAUGAGCUCCGAACCCUCCGGCGUGCUACCGCGGCGGCGCCCGUCGCCGAUCGCCAUAAAAAAGAGAAACGACGGCAGCGGAGAAGAAGGAAAAGAAGAAGAGAAAGAGAAGAAAGGGAGUUGGAUGGAGUACGAGGGCGAGGCGGAGCAGCCACUGAGCCCGGCGGCUAGGCUCUUUCAUCAGCCUCGAUUCAACUGCUACAUCGUCGCCGAGAUGGGAAUCGGAACUCCGAUCGACGUCGCCGCCAUCAAGGCCGGCCUCCUUUCCACCCUCGUCCUCCAUCCCCGUUUCUCCAGCGUCCAGAUAUUGGAUGAGUCAAAAGGCAAGAAACCAAAAUGGGUGCGGACAAACGUGGUCAUAGAUAACCACAUAGUGAUCCCAAACAUGGACCCAAACAGCAACAACCCAGACCAACUUGUAGAGGAUUACGUGGCAUCCCUUUCAAACUCUCCCGCCAUUGACCUUUCCCGCCCUCUCUGGGAUCUCCACAUCCUCAACUUCCAAACCUCCAAAGCCUCCUCCGUUGUCAUCCUCCGCAUCCACCAUUCCCUCGGCGACGGCACCUCCCUCAUGUCCCUCCUCCUCGCCUGCACCCGCAAAACCUCCAACCCUGACUCUCCCCCUUCCCUCCCUUUCUCCCACCACCCGCCCCGGUCUCAUCCCCAAAACCGUCUUUUCGCAAUGCUCGCCGCUCUUUGGGCUUUUCUUGUGCUUAUUUUCCACUCGUUUGUUGAUCUGAUCAUCUUUACUGCCACCGCUGCUUUCUUGAAUGACUCUGAUACACCGUUCAAGGGCGGUGAUGGCACAGAGCGUCAUCCGAAACGGUUUGUGCAUCAAAGUGUCUGUCUUGAUGAUAUCAAGAUUGUCAAGAACGCUGUUGGAUGUACUGUUAAUGAUGUUCUUCUUGGGGUGACAUCAGCGGGACUGACUCGGUAUCUUUACAGGAAAUAUGAGAGUGUGAAUGAGAAGGAGAAGAAGAAAAGAUUUAAGAGUAACAUAAGGCUCCGAUCAACAGUUCUUGUUAACAUUAGGCCGUCUCCUGGAAUUCAUGCUUUGGCUGACAUGAUGCAGGCCGGCAAGUGUGAUGCUAAGUGGGGAAACUUGAUGGGUUACAUGAUUCUCCCUUUCCCAAUUGCCUUCCAUCGUGAUCCUCUAGAUUAUGUGCGCAAGGGGAAGGCGAUAGCAGACCGGAAGAAGUCAUCUUUGGAAGCAAUUUUCACCUACAGCUGUGCUUAUAUGAUGAUGAAGUUGUUCGGCGUGAAGGCAACAGCAGCACUUUCACACAGACUGCUCUGCCACACGAGUUUAUCUUUCUCGAACAUCAUUGGCCCAGUUGAAGAAAUCGGUUUCUAUGGUCAUCCAUUACUCUACAUUGCUCCAAGUGUUUACGGACAUCCUCAAGCACUCACAGUUCAUUACCAGAGCUACAUGAACAAGAUGGAGAUAGUCCUCGCUGUCGAUGAGUCAUUGAUCCCCGACCCUCAUCGGCUUUUGGAUGACUUGGCUGAAUCUCUGCAACUAAUCAAAGACGCUGCAAUUGCUGUAAAAUCUAUUGGCUAGGAUGCCUUAAACACAACUUUUAUAUAGAUACUCAGAAACUCAAGAUCAUUGUUGGAAAAAGAACAUGUUAUUUAGUUAUUAGAAGGGAAAAAAA